CGGAAAAAUGGCUGCAAAUGAUCAGUGGAUUUGAAGAUAGCUUGGCUAGAUUAUUACGUUUUCGCGUGCCUAUUAGACAAUAUCCUCCAAGAUGGUGCUUUUAACAUUAAAAAACCUUCAACAACAAACUUUUCAAGUGGAAAUAGACUUAACUGCUUCGGUGAAGGAGCUAAAAGAAAAAAUAGAGAAGGACAGAGGCAAAGACUAUCCUGCCAUAGGACAAAAGCUCAUCUAUGCAGGGAAAAUUCUUCAAGAUGACAACAAAUUAGAAUCAUACAGCAUGGACAUAAACAAGUUCCUGGUCAUAAUGGUGACCAAGCCUAAGACCAGCACCCCACCUGAAUCAUCAGCAGACUCAGCCUCUGACACUGCUGUCACUGAAUCAAGUGAGAGCACGAGCAGUACUACAUCUACAACCACAUCUUCAUCCAGCUCCACCACAGACACCACCACAUCUACCAGCACCACCACUACCACCACCAGCAGUGCGGCUGGAGCUGAGGGAGCAGCAGCACCCACAGCAGCUUCUGCAGCCAGCAACGCUGAGAGCUUCUUAGUCAUGGGGGAAGAGUUCAAUAAGAUGGUUGAAAAUAUCAUGGAGAUGGGCUAUGAGAGAAGAGAGGUGGAGCGAGCACUACGCGCCAGCUUCAACAACCCCUACACCGCCGUGCAGUACCUCGUGGACGGCAUCCCCGAUAACCUCGGCGAGGGCGACGCCCCUGCUGAGGGCGGGGACGCCGACGAUGCAGGUGACAUGGCAGGUGCCCUGGCGGCGGCUGCAGCUGUAGUAGGUGCUGGUGAGGGAGGCGGCGCCGGUGGUGCAGGAGGAAGCGCUGAAGAUCCUCUCGCUUUCCUGCGCAAUCAGCCGCAGUUCGUCCAGAUGACGCAGAUGAUGCGCAACAACCCCCAGCUGCUGGAUGCGUUCUUGCAGCAGAUCAGAACCACGAACCCUGGUCUCCUGCAGGUCAUUCAAGACAACCAGGAGGCCUUCGUACGCAUGAUCAAUCAGCCACAGUCGACGGGCGGCACCGGCGCAGAUGCCCCCACCAGCGGAGGAGGUGUCCAAGUCACAGGCGGCGGCGGCGGUGGUGGUGGCGGUGGCGGAGGACCGCGUGGCGCGACCAUCGUGUUGUCGCAGGAGGAUCGCGAUGCUAUCGACCGGCUACGAGGCUUGGGCAACUUCCCCGAGGAGUUGGUGAUUCAGGCUUAUUUUGCGUGUGAGAAGAACGAGAACCUGGCGGCCGAAUUCCUCUUCAGUCAGGCCUGGGAUUAACAAAGAAGUUUUGCCACCAUCCUCGUAAUUAAAGUCAUCAGCAGCAGCUAUUCCCCAUCUUACAUUUAUCUGCCGCUUUGCCCUUAACUGAAAUAUUAUUGCCUCUGUGGCAUACCAGAUGAUAUUCCUCAUACGUUGCUUGACAUAUAGUGAAAUUCAUCUGCCGCAAUUGUAAUUAACUGAAUAGGUACGUUUAUGAUCCCCCCCCCCAUACUUAUAUUCAUCACACGCUGUAGCGUUCCAUACUAAUAUUCAUAUGCCAGUGCUGCUUGUGGGCGGAAAUUCAUCCGUUGCUCCUCUUAUUUCAAGGGCUGUGUGACUCUUCUUUUACUUUAAUUUCCCUGAAACACUUUAGCUUUUACUUAGUUUGAAUUUCCUUUAAAUAUUGGUUAAAUCGUUCAUUUCUUCGUCAAAAUUAUUGAAUGUUACUCUGUAAGCCUUGAGAUGUGCAAGUGUUUUUCUUUUGAGUUUUUCUGUCUUCAGUUGAAUUCAUCAUUCAUAGAAGUUAAUAAAGAAUUCUUUGUUCAUAUUUUAAAUCUCGGUCUAUUUGUUGUGAAAAUAAAUGACAGGAAUUUUCAAAGCACCAAAAUGUUCUCAUUUUUUAGUCAAAUAUUUACUUGCAAGCUGAACAGUUUCGAAUAUACUUCGUUGUACCGUGAAUUUUCCUUCUAACUGGAGGUUGCAAUCUUGACAAUUUUGAAAAAUCUUAUUCUGAAUAUUGUAUGGCAUUUAAUAUUGAUUUAUCUUCAUCAAAAUAGGGAUUUAGUGCUAAAGUCUUACGUCAUAUCCGGUACUUUUGAAAUUCUGUCGGGUACUUCAUCCAAUUUAAGCGAAUUUUUUUUCAUGUCAUAGAAAUAUUUUUGACAAUUCUUGAACGAGACACGUUCGUGCAGUAAACUACUGCUCAAUAGUGCAGCAGUUACCCAAAUCAAAGAAGGGCAUUAUGAUUUCGCUAUCACUGGUUAUGUUGUCGAGUGUACAAUAAUGCUUGGAAUACAUCGUACGAAUCACUCCAUUGAAUAGGUUGUGCUGUUACUUCAAGAUAGCGAUCAAUAACUUAUGUAUGUUACAAUGUUGAAAUGAACAUUGUAACCAACGCAGCACUGUUACUUAGUAGCAUCAAUUGUCACGUUUUGCACUAAAGUGGGUUGAUGUUAUUCACCAUCUAUACUAUAGAAUGUGAACUUACGCGUUUCUCCUAAACUACCUAAACUUUCACGCGACUAGUUACUCAACGGAAUUCUUACAUAACUUUGCGAGAAACUUGUGUAUGGUAUUUAUCAGGGGCUAAUCUCGAGAACACCAGUAUGAAAAGACCUGCGAUCCAAAAUGCGAUGCACGUGAAAUGAAAUGUUGGACAUUUUUUGUACGAAUCGGCGUUUUGAUCAAAAUAAAUAUGAUUAAAUA